GCUCUUGGGUCCCAACUCCCAGAGUCGCACACACCGCCAGUUUAAGACUUCAGAGUAGCCUAUAUUCGUUAAACUCUCCCCACCAAUCUCUUCCCAAAUUCGAACUGACAAAAGAUAAAAAGUAAACACAAAAUUACAGACUUUACUCGGUGAGAAUAGUCAUAGAACAAAAUCGUAGAAAGAAUUCCGUUCUGAGUGAGUUUCGCCGCAAUGGGGAGCGGUUGGAGAAGAACGGUGGGAAAUGUGAGAUCCUUCGUUGGGAACUCGAUGGGAGGUCUGACAGGAGGAAGUAAUCUUGCUGCAUGGGUUGUCGCGGGAACGUUAGCAUAUUUUCUCUGGGUCAAACCCUCGCAAGACCUUAAGAGAGAACAAGAGGAAAGGGCAGCUCUAGCUGCAGCUUCGGAUCGUUAUCGUUACGUAGAGAAAAGAAAACCUAUCCCUGAUCCCCAGGAAACUGGUUUGAUAUAUGGGAAGAAGAACACAACGAAGAAAUUGGAGGAUUAGUUACCAAAAUUGCACAGUUGUAUUGGCAUUCAACCUUGAAGAGUGGAGAAAUUCUUACAUUGAGCAAUACAUAUCAAAAGCAAGCCAACUCAUUGUUUAUAUGGCACUUUCCUAUUCAGCUUUUUAGUUAUCAGGCGGUAUACCAUCUGAUUCUUUUAUGCAAUUUUUAAAAUUUCCGGUUACUGCAUGGAACAUAUUUAUGGUUUGCUGCAGCUGUAGGUAUUUUUACAGUCCAUGGGACUGCCGGUAUGAUGAUUGGGAAUUCGUUCUUUUGAUCAUAACUGAUUAUACUACUACUAUGAUUAUCAUCUAAUGAUCUUGUAAGUAUACAUUACACUAUGAAAGUAUGUAUUCUAAUAAAAUACUUGAACUUCUGUAUCAAAAGAGGCUGUAGAUUUGAUGCUAUGAGAAUGUAUUGUAAACCACAUUAUGAUAGCUUUUUAGUUAUCAUGCCACUUUA